AUUAACUUAAAAAGUAUCACUCAAUUAUUAAUACUUAAAGUUAGUUUUAAUUAUUUUCGAUGCCUCGUUUGGACAAAUGUUGUGUUGAUAAUUGUUUAGGGACAUCUAAAUCAAGGUUUCGUAUUCCUACAAUUUCACAUGAUAGUUGGGAAAGGUCAUUGGGAAAAACUUUAAAUAAGAGAUCUAGAAUAUGUGGGGAUCAUUUUCUAGAGAAUGAUAUAAUAGAUACUUGGGUAUCAGGUGAAGGAAACAGCAAAUAUUCUAUAUGUUUAAAAAGGCCCCGUUUGAAACCUGGAGCUAUACCUGUCUUAAAUCUUCAAAACGAAAAAGAACCCUCUACAGCAGUUAAAUCAAUAAAAACAGAUUCAUCGAGUCAGAUCAUAUCCCAUAAUGAUGUUCCUAUGUGUCAAGAUGAUAAAAGUAGUGAAAUCUCAUCUUUUAAUGAUUCAUGUUCUCAAGAUAAUUCUUAUAACAACGAAUAUAUGUGUCAAAGUAAAAGAAAUGAAGUUUCAAUGUCUUCUGAUGAUUCUUGUUUUCAAGAUAAUUCUUAUAACAAUGAAUAUAUGUGUCAAAGUAAAAGAAAUGAAAUUUCAAUGUCUUCUGAUGAUUCUUGUUUUCAAGAUAAUUCUUAUAUCAAUAUUUCUACAAGUCAAAAUCAAAUAAGAGAUAAUACAAUUUUUCCUAAUGCUACAUGUUCUCAGAAUAUUCCUUAUGAACCUAUAUUCUACAUAUUAACAUCUGAAAAAAGUCCUGUUGUUCAAUUGCCUCCGAUGUGGUUCCAAGAUAUCUCUUUUAAUGAAUCCAAUAAAAAGUUAACUAUUUCUUAUUUUAAAUUAGGGCGUUAUAAUUCUAACUACCAACGUACUAUAGAAAAACAAUUAAUAAUUACUCAAGAUUCACUGAUUAUAAUUCAAGUUUUUAAUGAAAAUAUCUCCCCUGAACAACAACAAACAUUAUUUCCAAUGGCAUCCCAUAAAGUUUUAAGUAUUAAAGAUAUAGAAGAUUUUAUUAAAACUCUUGAUGGUAUAAAUGUUUGUUAUGGAGCAGUUUUAAUUAGUAAAUACCCAAAUAUCAAAGCGUCGUUUGGUUACCAAUAUCAAACUAUGAAUGGUUAUUGGAAACAUACAAAAUGUUCAAAAAUAAUACUUGAAAAAAGGCAAGUGCUAAUACAAAUCUGAUGUGUUCCAGUUACAUAAUAAACUUAU